AUGUCGAUACAGGUUAAUGUCGAUACAGGCUAUGCCUAUACAGGCUAUGCCUAUACAAGUUAUGUCUAUACAGGCUAUGUCGAUACAGGCUAUGUCGAUACAGGUUAUGUCGAUACAAAUUGUGUCAAUACAAGUUAUGUCGAUGCAAGUUAUGUCGAUACAGGUUAUGUCGAUACAGGCUAUGUCGAUACAGGCUAUGUAGAUGCAGGUUAUGUCAGUGCAGGCCAUGCUGAUAAGGAUAAGGGGAUAAGGAUAAUUUAA